CCAUGGCCAGCAGCAUGUAGCCGUAGCCACCGUUCACAACAACGCUCGUGUUUUAAUUCUGUCCUUUUAACUGUUUGUUUUCCCUCAGGAGUCUACUAUUCUUUUUUAAUAAACAAGCAGACAUUUAAACGAGUGAGCCGGAGAUGGGAGUCCCGGCGUUCUUCCGCUGGCUCAGCAGGAAAUACGCGUCGAUCAUUGUGCACUGUGUGGAGGAGAAGGGGAAAGAAUGUAACGGAGUCCGUAUCCCCGUGGAUACGACCAAGCCGAACCCCAACGAGGUGGAAUUCGACAACUUGUACUUGGACAUGAACGGGAUCAUUCACCCCUGUACACAUCCAGAGGACAAAGCCGCCCCCAAAAACGAGGACGAGAUGAUGGUCGCCAUUUUCGAGUACAUCGACCGUCUGUACAAUAUUGUGCGUCCGCGGAGAGUUCUCUACAUGGCCAUCGACGGAGUGGCUCCUCGUGCCAAGAUGAACCAGCAGCGCUCUCGGCGGUUUCGAGCCUCCAAAGAAGGCGUGGAGUUGACGGAGGAGAAGGAUCGCAUCAGGGAGGAGAUCAUCGGGAAGGGAGGUUAUCUUCCACCUGAUGAGAUUAAAGAGAGAUUUGACCACAACUGUAUCACUCCAGGAACAGAGUUUAUGGACAACCUGGCCCAGUGUCUUAGAUACUACGUCGCAGACAGACUCAGCAAUGAUCCGGGAUGGAAGAACGUCACGGUCUUCCUGUCUGAUGCCAGUGUUCCCGGUGAAGGUGAACACAAGAUUAUGGACUACAUCAGGAGACAGAGAGCUCAACCGAACCACGACCCGAACACGCACCACUGCCUGUGUGGAGCUGAUGCUGAUCUGAUCAUGCUCGGUCUGGCCACCCACGAGCCAAACUUCACCAUCAUCAGAGAGGAGUUCAAACCCAACAAACCCCGGCCCUGUGCACUCUGUGGACAGGUUGGUCAUGAACUCAAAGACUGUCAGGGGGCGCCAAGAGAGAAACAGGGACAGCAUGAUGAGUUUGCAGACUCAAUGCCAGUGUCUGAGCAGGAGUUCAUAUUCAUCAGGCUGUGUGUGCUGCGGGAGUACCUGGCCAGAGAGCUGACCAUGAGCAGCCUGCCGUUCCCCUUCGACUUUGAGAGGAGCGUAGACGACUGGGUCUUCAUGUGCUUCUUCGUUGGAAAUGACUUCCUGCCUCAUCUGCCGUCCUUAGAGAUCAGAGAGGGAGCGAUAGACCGACUGGUCAACAUCUACAAAGACGUUGUGCACAAAACUGGAGGCUACCUGACGGAGAACGGCUACGUCAACCUGGAGCGGGUGGAGCUGAUCAUGCAGGCGGUGGGCGUGGCCGAGGACAACAUCUUCAAGAAACGCAAAGAGGACGACGAAGGCUUCAAGAGAAGAAUGAAAGAUAAACGAAAGAGGAUGAAGGCGGAGCAGAGAGGCCCCGCCUACCUGACCGGGGGCCAGUUCGCCCCUCAGGCUCUGGGGAGGAGAGACCGACCCGAGGCCGUCCAGAACGCCCGGCAUCAGGCCUUCGACAUGAGGAUGCAGCACAACAAGGAUGCGGCUCAGUUCCUGAAGGCCUCUAUAAAGAACGGUGGCAAUUCGUCUGCAGGGUCCAGUGGCGGCGCAGACAACAGAGGGGUGAAGAGGAAAGCUGAGGACAGCGACAGCGAGCCGGAACCCGAAGACAACGUCAGGUUGUGGGAGGACGGCUGGAAGCAGAGAUACUACAAGACCAAGUUUGACGUGGACGCGACGGAUGAUGAUUUCAGAAAGAGGGUGGUCCGGUCCUACGUGGAGGGUCUCUGCUGGGUGCUGCGCUACUACUACCAGGGCUGUGCCUCCUGGAAGUGGUACUUCCCGUUCCACUACGCUCCCUUCGCCUCCGACUUCAAAGACAUCAAAGAGAUGUUCACAGACUUUGAGAAGGACACCAAACCGUUCAAGCCACUGGAGCAGCUGAUGGGAGUGUUUCCUGCCGCCAGCGGCAACUUCCUGCCCACAACAUGGCGGAGCCUCAUGAGCAGUCCGGAGUCUUCCAUCAUCGACUUCUACCCCGACGACUUCGCCAUUGAUCUCAAUGGCAAGAAAUACGCCUGGCAGGGUGUUGCUUUGCUGCCUUUUGUGGAUGAACGUCGGCUGAGGGCGGCUCUGGAGGACGUCUACCCCGACCUCUCACCUGAGGAAGUGAGAAGAAACAGCCUGGGCAGCGACAUGAUGUUUCUGCAGAAGUCUCACCCGCUCUCCGACUUCAUCCUUGAACUUUACCGCACAGAAUCUCACGAGGGCACUGAGAUCCCUGCAGAGCUUUGCCACGGAGUCCAAGGUAUAUUAAAUCUUGAUGACGACCCUAUUCUACCAGAUAAGGCGGUGAAGUCACCGAUCCCAGUGCUGCGUGACAUCGCACAGAACCAUGCCAUCGGAGUGAGGUUCAAAGAUCCCCACUAUGCAGCUGAGUUUGUGUUCAAGGCGGUCGUCCUUCCUGGAGCCAAGAUGCCCAACAAGGUCCUGAAGCCCGGGGACUGGGAGAAGGGCAACAGGGAACCAUGGAGACCCCAACUGGGCUUCAACCAGCACAGACAGCAGGCUCACCUGGACCAGUCCGGCUUCAGGGCUCUGGGUCACAGUAUAAACAGAAACCGUGGUGGAGGACAGUACAGCAACGCACCGCCACCCAACAUGUACCAACAAGGAAACUACCGAUCUGCACAAAGUGGAGGCCACCAGGCAUUCCAACAUUCCAGGCACAACAGUUUGCUGGGAGCGCCGCCCUCCUUCCAGCAGCCCCAGUAUCCGAGGCAGCAGCAGCAGCAGCAGCAGCAGCAGCAGCAGCCGUACGGGGGCAGAGGCGGUCACGGCUGGGAUCGGGCCACGCAGUCGCAGUCGUCGGCGUACCAGCAGAACGCCAGCCGUGGCGGAGGCGGGGGCGGCGGCGCCAACGCGGGCGGCUACCAGCAGCGCUUCGAUGGCCGCAGAGACGAGUGGAGAGAUCGAAGAGACGAAGGCAGGGACAACCGGGGACAACAGCACCAGGGCUACAGCGCUGGCCGAGGUUACCCUCCUCCUCCUCCAUCCAGCAGAUACAACUGGAAUUAAACUCGCAGUAAUGUUGGACUUUCAGGGUGGGAGUGGGUGGGGAGGGCGACUAUUUUUAGGGGAGACACGUCUGUUUUCUUUUCUUUUAUUGUCUUCUUUUGCAAUUGAAUUCGUGUUUUUUGUUUUCCUUUUUAUUCGACUUAAAACGAUGUGUUAUGUAACUUGUGGUUUUUAAGACAAAGGGCCUGUAAAACUUGUAAAAUACAAGUGUGUCAAGGACAAAGUGUCCCGCUGUGUUUAAUUUUUGAGACAAAUCUCUCCGACAUGUUUAAAAACAAAAAGUAACUAAAACAUGUGAAAUAAAAGAAUGAUGGAGAUGUUGGGAUUAUAUUUUUUUUUUUACAGGAAUUAAUUCAUCUAUUAAUUGAAAUUAAACUUCAAAAACACUCCUUUUUAAUAAAACUCCCAAUAGAAUAAAGAUUUAUUAUUUUAAUUAAAAGGGAUAUUUUAGAUUUACCAGCAGAUAAUCUGCAUUAUUUUCAG